AUGUCUGAGGAAGAAUCAAUUUUGAACAUUGUGGGAUUUGAAUUGAUAGUCGAAGGCCUAGCCGGUGUUGGAUGUGGCGUUGCCAGCAUUCUUGUACCCAUUUUCUCCAGCGCUUUUCGAUUUCAAUAUUAUCAAGGAAUUUGGGCAGGAGGCCUGAUUAUUCUCGUUGGUAUUUAUGCUCUAAUACUCUACUAUAAAGAUGAAUUUGAAAAGUUAUGGCUGUUUAUAAUCUUUAUCGUCCUUGCCAGCAUUUCUGCUUUUGCUGUUGCUGGCGCAUGUGGUCUAAGUGCAUACACUGCUUAUCUAUUUUGGCCCCAAGUGUUGCUUAGUAGGCCAGCACCAUUCGCUAUCAAUACUGGAAUAGCCCUAGUCUUCUUAAUCAGUUGUAUCGCUUGCAUAAGAGCUGCUAUUGCUGCAAGUCAGUUAAGAAAAGCUUAUGUUAUACAAAUCGCUCAGAGUGACAAGCAGCACAAAAUUAAUGAAAAAAAUGACUUAAUCUUCUUAGCCCAAUGGGAAAAAGAAAAGAAACAAGGUAUCAAUAAUAAUCCCCAAGAUCAACCAGCAGAGAUCAUUCGAGUCCAUCCGGCCAAAAAAGGAACAAAACCGACUCAAGUAGCGCCAGCUGAACCUCGACAAGAAAGAAUUAAAUUGCAAGUGGAUAUUGGAAACGUAGAAAAAGACCUAGAGGGCGAAAUCGAAGUUACUCCAGAGGUGGUGAAAGCUGAUUAA